AUGGCCCUUCUGAAGCUGAGGUACCGCAACAGUUUCAUUGAUGCCGAUGACGAGACAUCGGAGGUGCCACAGAGACGUGCUAACAGUUUGCCACCGUUUCGGGUGUGUGACCUGAUGGAACAAGAAGAGGAUCUCCCAACCGUCGAGGUUUCCAUGCAGAAUUAUGUGGAAAAUCUCUCCGAGCAGUGGCAGGCCAAAAGCCCUCUGGAUUUGCGAAGUCCAUCCUUUUCACCAACGAAUGUCGGCGGCUGUGAUGGCUCUCCAACCUCGGACGGUAGCACCUUAGAGCCUUCGAUAUCCAUCCCUACCGUGGCUAGGCAGGCCGAACAGGCCAUAAGUCCCGGUAGCUUGGGGCAUCCAGAGGUCUGCCGUCGGCAAUGCAUCUACUUCCUGCAAGGACAUUGUUCCAAUGGCGAUGCCUGCACGUACUGCCACCUUCCCCACACGCAGAGAGCACCCAAACUUGACAAGAGGCAGCGCAGCAUCAUGCAAGCCUUGAGCCAUCAAGAAGUGCUUGCCCUGAUGCAACACCUUUGCACGGCCAAAGCGGAGGAGAUCGGCAUGCUGAAGGAAGCGCAGGAAGUGAUCAGCAUUCUCACGGCCGAAGCCAAUGGGCUACGACUUCCAUCCAUGGCCGAACGAGAGAUCCGGGCACUUUGCAAGACGUUGUCGCGCAUGAGUUUUUCCAGUCUCUUGGGCUUGGUGACGCAUCGAAAACCUCAGUGCAGCGUGGAGGCAGACUGCGCGGAGCGUCUCAGCGCGGCCAUGGAACGGAUGCGUCAGGACGUUGGGGCGAAAGUCGGGGCUCAGGAUCCAUCGAUAGGUUCAAAGGCUGUACAAGGGCCACCCGAAGGCAUCAGAUGCGUCCUGUUGCUCCGGGCUUGCCAUUUCGCAGUGGUGCACUGGGACAUUUGGUCCUUGUGGCCUGUGGCCACUGUGGCCGUGAAAUGUUUGAACCGGGAACCAAAGAAGGACCUGGUGCUGUUGGAAAGCCCGGUGUUUCAGUGA